UACGGCAGUCGUUCAGUCGCGCUGUAUGUACGUCAUCGCCUUUCGAUAGUGCGCUUCGCUGCCGAAGAGCGCACGUGUUUUGGAGCAGGUGCUCUUUUCGAUAAAGGCGUAAUGUCUUUCCGAGGAGGAGGUGGUAGAGGUGGAAGAGGUGGUGGCUUUAACCGUGGAGGGGGCCGAGGUGGAUUUGGAGGUAGAGGUGGGGGACGCGGCCGUGGUGGAGGUGGAGGUUUCCAUCGACAGGACUUUGGACCCCCCGAAUAUGUCGUAGCUCUGGGUGAAUUCAUGCAUCCGUGUGAAGAUGACAUUGUGUGCAAAUGCACCACAGAAGAGAACAAAGUGCCCUACUUUAACGCUCCAGUCUACUUGGAGAACAAAGAACAAAUUGGAAAGGUGGACGAGAUAUUCGGACAACUUAGAGAUUUUUAUUUCUCUGUCAAGCUCUCAGAAAAUAUGAAGGCGUCCUCAUUCAAAAAACUUCAAAAGUUUUAUAUAGAUCCAGCCAAGCUCCUUCCUUUACAGCGUUUCCUGCCAAGACCACCAGGAGAAAAAGGACCCCCUAGGGGAGGUGGAGGCCGUGGUGGAGGACGAGGAGGAAGAGGAGGCUUUGGGCGUGGAGGAGGUGGCGGUGGCCGGGGAGGCUUUGGCGGUGGCCGGGGAGGCUUUGGCCGAGGAGGAGGAGGUGGAGGUGGAGGUUUCAGAGGUGGCCGAGGUGGAGGUGGAAACUUUCGAGGAUCAAGAGGUGGCGGAGGAAAUGGACGUGGCUUCAGAGGUGGAAGAUGAGACGACCAGGAUAUCUGACUGUAGAUAUGUUGAUGACUGUAUUUUGAGGUCCACCACAAAGUUGUUUCUGCAUAAGAAUCAAGACGUUUUCCUUGGACACGUAAGGAGAGGACAUUUUUUUUUUUUUUGUACAUGUAGGAUCUGAAAAGGACGGCUGUUUUGGUUUUUUAACAUAAAAAGAUUCACAUCUUUA